AUAACGAAACUUAUACAUCCGUAAAAACACCAGCGAACCCAUUCUUCGGUCACGUGACCCGGAUGUGAUCAGGUGACACGCUCAGCUGAUAUGUGGUGGAGUGACUUUUGUUGUCAAAUUAACACAAUAAUCAGAUGCUUGGUGUUUGUCACAGUCUUCGUCAGAUUCAGAUGGAUUUAUUCUUGACAUUCUAGCACAUGGGGGAUAAAUUAUGUUAAAUAAGUGGCAUAAAGUCAUUAAUGAACCAAGCAUACUAUUUAUGGAGCAUGUUUCAUACAAUUUGGUGUAACAAUAGCAAGAAAUAGAAUAGCAGUGGAGGGACAUGUCUGUAUUCAGACACAAAGGUCUUACGGACAGAGUCCGGAACAUUUCCGUUUUUCAUGGCCUGUCUGAAGGGGGCUUAGGUGUCUUUAAUCAGGAUAGGAGUUUCUAAAACUUUUAUAUCCACAAAAACAACAAUGAACUGUUCUAUAUUGGGUUUGGUAUAAAAGCAAGCCUUGAGCUGUCCUCAGAGUUCAACAAGCACUGAGAAAACAGCCAUAAGUUGAGUUUUAACUUGAAGUAAGAUCAUGCAAGGGAUCUAGAAGGUUUGUAGAGAAAAGGCAAAUCUAACAUUAAACUGUAGUAAACAAACAAAAGAAAACAUCUUAAGGGUCAGAGUUCAUGAGCCUCAGGGAAGAUGUUGCUCCUCCAUCCUCCUAGUCUUUGAGAAAUCUGGAUAAGCGGUGUUUGCUCUGCUUCUGUGUCUGCUGGUGUAAAUGACCUGGAUCUUGUGCAACAUGUCACUUGUGUAUCUGGAAUUCCAGGAAUUGUUCUUUAGGUUUUUUAGUAAGAGAUUUGCUGUAUUGGUUUCUGCUGAUCUGAGGUUACUUUGGCUCUUGAUCUGAAGGCUGCUUCAUUAACUAACCAGAUCAGAGAUCUCUGAGUGUUUUAAUGAGCUCUAACAGGUGUCAUGUUUUACAGUCAAGAGAUACUUAAAAUGACCUUAAAUGGCUUUUUGUUUUGAAUUAACAUGCUGCCUAUGCUAAUAAUCCAUCAAAUUAAGGAAAUUAAUGAGGAUAAAAGCUUUCAUUUAUCCUUUUGAUGAAAAUUAAGUUGUGCCUGCAAAUGGUAAGUUGACUCAUAACAAAUCUUUUUUAUUCAUUAUUUACUGCAAUGGUUAUUUUUGAACUCAACUGAUAAUGAUAAAUCUACAUGAAUUAUUAGUAACAAACGUAAUGUAAGGGUUUUUCACUUUUACUACUGGGUCAUUAAUGUUUGAUUCAUACAGAAAUUUAAGACCUUAAAUUUAUUUAUUUAUUUUCUGUGUUUGUGUCGAUUAUGUUCUCAUUUUGGUCUUUUUGUGGUUUACUGUGAUGUGUGAUUUGCUGCUAUGUUUUCAUAACUGAAUCACUCCCUGGAGAUGUUGUCUUUGUGAAGCCAAAGUGUGCUUGGAGGCGUGUGCUGCUGUCAGCCAUCCAAGCCCCCACCACACUCUUCCCCUCUCAUCUUCUCCCGUGGGACUCUUCCUCUCUAUGGGAGCGAUUGUUUUCAGAGAACCGGUGUCCUUUCUCACAAAAGAAGCUCCGCUGGAGGAGGGUCAUUCAUGCAGUGUCAAAUACCAGCCGAUGAGCCAGUUAGACAUCAACCAGGGGGACAUUAACCGUCCCCCAGGGGUCAGGAUUUAUUAAACUCCAUGAGUGGGGUCACUGAUUAGAAGUGCUAUAAUCUAAAGUAGCUUGUUGUUGUGGUCCAUUGUAAAUUUCUGCUUGUUUUCUACCCAUGAAGACAGCAAAUCAGUGUAACUCAAGUCUGAAGGAUCAACUGAUUUAUCUUUUAAGCAAUAUUUUGAACAAUUGAAAGUGUGAGCAUAUAAAGUUUUAUCUGCUUUUUUACAUUAUUUUAAAUCAAAGACACAAAAAGCUAGACGAUAAUAGUUUUUAAGACUGAAUUUAAGGAGCAAAUCACCCCCUACCAGAGUAGUACUCCACUCCCACUUCCUGUUUGAAAAAUGCAACAAAUGCUGUUGGCUAGCAGUCCGAGAGGGCGGAGCCGCUAACAAAUACACACACACACAGGCUCACGACGACAUUGUGACAUCAUAUGGUACCAGCUAACGUUCUAAGGUACCUCUUAGCCAAUAGCGAUGGCAGAUUUUAAUUCAAAUGCAGUGCAGAGUUUUUACCUGACAAUGGCACAACACUGACACUUUUAGAUAGAAAAUUUAAAUUUGAACUAAAAUGCACUAAAGUGCAAAACUGUUGACUACACGUGUCUGCAGCACAAUUAGGCAUGCAUUUAUGUAGUUUAUCAGAAAAAAAAGUUGAUUUGGGGGUGACUUGCUCUUUAAUUGGAAAAGUUAGACCAGAUGCUUCCAACUCACAUCAGAUGUAAUCAUGAGAUCCUGUUAUUCCAUCACAACAGAGUUUGAGUUGCAUCAUGAAAAAUAAAAACAGUAAAUUGUUUCAUGUAAAUUCUCAAUAAAAAAAAUAGCUACACUGCUUUUAAAUAUUUAUCAUCAUAACGCAAAAUAUCACUAUUUUUUAAUGUAUCCAUAUUUUUUAUAUCCCAUAGGCCGCAGUGAUCCUUCUGGAUUUUAACAAAGAGAACUGAACUUUUUCUUUAAUUUUGAAGAUGUUUGAAAGACUUGAGACAAUUCAAAAUAAAUGUGUGGAGUUUCAAGCCUAUCCUUAUGAUUUUAUGACUGUUUUAUUUAGUUUUGAUCUAUGUGAAGCACUUUGUCUAUGUCUGUUAUAAGUGCUGUAUAAAUAAAACUUACUUACUUGCUUUAACCGCUCCAUUAAUGUGAGCUGGAUCACAAACCUGUACCUGAAAGGUCCUCAGCUGUGAGUUAACUUGCAUUAAUGCUGACCUUGUUACAAUUUCACAAUUUGUUUACAUUGGAAAAAAGUGUCUGUGAGGUUUUUGUCCAUGUAUUGGAACACACACUGUCCGUGUGUGAAGAAGCAGAUCCAUAUAUUUCCUGUGCUGUCUUCAGAGCCCAUCUGUGAUUGGGCAGCAGUAGCUCAGGAGGUAGAACGGGUUGUCCAGUAAUCGGAAGGUUGCAGGAUAGAUCCUGGCUCCUACCAGGCAAUGCUGCAGUUGUGUUCUUGGGCAAGACACUUAAAGCAGCUUUCCGCAGUUUUCCCCUUUCAGAAAUUAUGUAUGAUUUGUCAGAAAUCCGUAAAAGUGAUUAUCUUAUCAUGUACUGUGAUAUAAUGUAAGCAGUACAUCUUUUUUUUUUUUUGCUAAGCACAUCCCCUGCCCCGCAGAGCUCCGUGCAAUAGGAAACUGAGUGCCGACCAGAACUAACCAUUAGCGUUAGACUACCGCUUACUUGCUUCAAAUUUAAGGAAUACCUUGGCUGAUGCAGAGUUGAUGAACUUUUCACUGACAAAUAUGGCUUACAUUUGCACCAGUAGCAAACCAGUCAGCCCAGUACCUGCAGGUCAGUCUGGAGGACAUCAACUGGUUGUCUGUUGUCUUCAUGGUAGUCGCUAUUCCUCUCAGCUUUCUCACCACCUGGAUGUUGGACACGUUAGGAUUACGGCCUACGCUCAUCCUGGGAUCCUGGCUGAAUAUGCUGGGAGCGCUACUGCGUUUCCUCGGUGCGUCCCGGUUUGAUGGCUCUCAUCAGAAGUUCUUGGUGGUGAUGUUGGGUCAGACGUUUGGUGCCAUCGCUCAGCCUCUCAUCAUCUUCACCCCGACCAAGCUGGCUGCCCUGUGGUUCCCUGAGGACCAGCGAGCUACAGCCAACAUGUUCUCCUCCAUGUCAAAUCCUCUGGGGAUCCUCCUCGCCAACCUCAUCUCUCCUGCAGUUGCCAAAACAUCAGCCCAAAUUCCGACGCUGAUGGUCUGGUAUACUGUCCCAGCAUUUGUUGUCUGUUUCCUGGCAUCAGCGGGAAUCUGGAGCAACAAACCCCCAACGCCACCAUCAGCCAGUGCAGAAACCUCUGGAUCAGAACCGUUCAUAAAGGGAAUCAAACUGUUACUGAGGAACAAAGCCUACCUCAUCCUGCUGGUGUGCUUCGGUUCUGGCAUUGCUGUGUUCACCUGCUUCACCACGUUGCUGGAGCAGAUUCUGUGUGUACAGGGAUACACCAAUGACUUUGCUGGCCUCUGCGGUGCUCUCUUCAUCGGGGUCGGGGUUUUUGGCUCUGCUGUGUUUGGUUUCUACGUGGACAAGUCAAAGAAGUUCAUGGAAGUCAUAAAGAUCAACAUCUCUAUGACAGCUCUGUGCUGCAUCACCUUCUCAGUGGUGUGUUUGCUGCCACAGCAGAAAGUCGCCAUCGCGGUCGUCUGCGCUCUCUUUGGCUUGUUUGGUUUCUCCAUCUACCCUGUGGCCAUGGAGCUUUCCGUGGAGUGUUCAUAUCCGGUCGGAGAAGCAACAUCGGCCGGACUCAUCUUUGUUUCAGGGCAGAUCCAGUCGGUUGUUUACAUCGUCAUACUUCAAGCUUUAACCAAGCAGCUGGCUGAUUCUCCUCUGUCCACCUGCGGAGACGUCAUCUACAGCUGGAAAAUACCGAUGAUGGUGAUGGCUGGACUGUGCACCGUCUUCACCUCCCUCUUCGUCAUGUUCUUCAACACUCGUUACAGACGUCUAGACGCUGAAGUGCAAGCGACGUACAAGCCAUACCAGAGAGAUGAAAGAGACAGCUCAGCUCCAUACAUGAAUAGAUGAAAUAACAAAACUUAUGGAUUUGAUUUCAUUAUUGACACUUCCUUGUUGUUUUUGGUCAUUUAAAUGACCACACUGUGAUUGUUUCAUGGUACUGGGUCCAACUUUUUUUUCUAUAAAUGGUGUCUUUAGCAAGAAAUGUCUUAUCAGGAUGUUUAAUUGCUACAAAUGUGUUUAUCCUUCCCACUGUCCUAAUGGGUGUGACCUGGUGAGGAAAGUUGACCAUUGAGCAGGGUUGAUGGUUUAUCCCAUGAGGUCCAUGUGGCAGGGGUGAGUAGUGGGCACCACCUCACCUAUAAACAGUAUAUAUAUAUAUAUA